AUGAUUUCGCCAAAAGAUUUUCUGAGAAAAAAUCUGAAGAUGAUUCACGGCUAUCCCAUAAUCUAUACUUUUGCAAACAACUGGGAAAAUAUUGAACAAUUCCACAGCAGACCAGAUGAUAUCAUAAUAGCCACUUACCCCAAAUCAGGUACCACCUGGGUUAGUGAAAUUGUGGACAUGGUUCUGAAUAAUGGAGAUGUUGAAAAAUGUAAGCGGGAUUUUAUAACAGUUAAAGUUCCAAUGUUGGAAAUGGCUGUCCCUGGACUAAGAACUUCAGGAAUAGAACAGUUAGAGAAGAAUCCAUCACCACGGCUUGUGAAGACACAUCUACCAAUUGCUCUUCUUCCUAAGUCUUUCUGGGAGAACAACUGCAAGAUGAUUUAUUUGGCUCGAAAUGCCAAGGAUGUUGCAGUCUCAUAUUAUCAUUUUGACUUAAUGAAUAAUUUGGAACCUGCCCCUGGUCCCUGGGAGGAGUAUUUGGAGAGAUUCAUGACUGGAAAUGUGGCCUAUGGUUCCUGGUUUAAUCAUGUUAAGAGCUGGUGGAAGAAAAAGGAAGAACAUCCAAUACUUUUCUUGUACUAUGAAGAUAUGAAAGAGAAUCCAAAGCGGGAAGUCCAGAAGAUUGCUAGAUUUCUAGAGAAGAAUUUGAAUGAUGAAGUCUUGGAUAAGAUAAUUCAUCACACCUCAUUUGAAAUGAUGAAGGACAAUCCUCUGGUGAAUUAUACACAUCUACCAAGUACAGUGAUGGAUCAUAGCAAAUCAUCUUUUAUGCGUAAAGGGAUUGCAGGUGACUGGAAGAAUUACUUCACAGUGGCCCAAAAUGAGAAAUUUGAUGUCAUUUACAAGAAGGAAAUGUCUGGAACCACCCUUCAGUUUCGCACAGAGAUUUAAAGAUCCUAGUGACCAAUCUGAAGAAGGAAGAACAGAGCUGUAAUUUGUUAAAAAGGAGGCCAUUAGGCAGUCAAAUGGAUUUAUAAAGAAGGAGAAAAUGUGCUUUUAAAAUG